AUGUUUCACUGUAUCCCCCUGUGGCGGUGUAACCGUCAUGUGGAGAUGAUCGAUAGACGCCACUGCUCGCUGCUCUUUGUGCCAGAUGAGAUUUACCGCUACGGACGCAGUUUGGAGGAGCUCCUACUGGACGCCAACCAACUUCGAGACUUGCCCAAGCCAUUCUUCCAGCUGGUGAAGCUAAGAAAACUCAGCCUGAGUGACAAUGAAAUCCAGAGGAUCUCUCCAGAAAUAGCCAACUUCAUGCAACUGGUAGAGUUGGAUGUAUCGCGAAAUGAUAUAAUGGAAAUCCCAGAGACCAUUUCACAUUGCAGGGCCCUCCAAGUGGCAGAUUUCAGUGGGAAUCCAUUAACAAGGCUACCUGAAAGCUUUCCAGAGCUCCGGAAUUUAACAUGCCUUUCUAUCAAUGACAUCUCAUUGCAAGUCCUACCAGAUAACAUUGGAAACCUCUCCAAUUUGGUAUCGUUAGAACUCCGAGAAAAUUUGUUGACAUUCCUCCCAGAUUCACUGUCCCUGCUUCACAGACUGGAAGAACUUGAUUUAGGAAAUAAUGAAUUGUAUAGUUUGCCAGACACAAUAGGCUGUCUUGUAAGUUUAAAGGAUUUGUGGCUGGAUGGAAACCAGUUGGCCGAAAUACCUGCGGAGAUGGGCAGCAUGAAGAGCUUAUUGUGUUUGGAUGUGUCUGAAAACAAACUGGAGCGACUUCCGACGGAGCUGGGAGGCCUGCUGGCACUCACUGACUUACUGGUGUCACAGAACCUCAUUGACGCGAUACCAGAAAGCAUCGGAAAACUACGCAAUCUGUCUAUUCUGAAAGCCGAUCAGAACAGGCUGACGUACCUGCCAGAGAGCAUUGGCAACUGUGAAAGUCUUACUGAACUUGUGCUCACAGAGAAUCAGAUACAGAGUUUACCGAGAAGCAUAGGAAAAUUAAAGCGGCUUUCUAACUUCAACUGUGACCGAAACCUGCUAACAUCUCUGCCAAAAGAGAUCGGAGGCUGCAGUGGCCUGAAUGUCUUCUGUGUGCGGGAGAAUCGACUGACAAGGAUACCAUCGGAGCUGUCGCAAGCCACGGAGCUGCACGUGCUCGACGUUUCUGGAAAUAGGCUUUCUCACUUACCGAUGUCUCUGACUACGCUUCGGCUGAAGGCUUUAUGGUUGUCUGAAAACCAGUCGCAACCCCUCCUCACCUUUCAAACCGAUGAGGAUCCCGAUUCGGGCGAGAAGGUUCUCACAUGCGUGCUGCUUCCCCAACAACCUUAUGAGUCUGACAACAAAGUGUCUGAUAAUCUCACACGCUUCGGAGCCCUUGAGAGCCUGGUGAAGGAUAUGACAGAUGACACGUGGGACAACAAAGCUAUGAACAGGAUCAGCGCCAUUCACUUUCUGGAUGAAGAUGAGGAGGAAGACGAUGAAAAGGGAACGUUACUGCGCCGCGCCACUCCUCACCCGGGCGAGCUGAAAACGAUGAAGAAAGCAGCAGAGAACCUCCGCAAUGACCUGAACGCUGCCAAAGGCUUGGACUCCAACAAGAACGAGGUCAAUAACGCAGCGGACAAUGUGACCACGUCUGUGUGA